CGCCCUCCCUCAAGGAACUCUCCAAAUAUUUACUCAGCCGGGACAUGCAAGGUGAAGCCUGUCCUGCCGUGUCACCUCAGCUGGAGAGGAGCGGGCAAUGAACGAGCUGUCGAACUAGGAGACCAGGAAUCAGCGAGGGACGAAGCCUCAGACGUGGGUGAUGGGAGAUUUGUUCCCAGAGGAAUGACAGGAGUUUCCCGGACGUGCUGGAACUGGGAGCCGAGAAAGAGAGAGAGAGAGAGGGAGAGAGAAGCUACCGGCAGGAAACCAGGAGCAUCAUGUGAAGGAUCCAGGGAGAAAUGGAGAUUCCUUGGGCUCAGAAGUACAGUCUCCAAACCUCGAGGGGCUCCAUUGCCACUGUUCAAGGAUUAAGAUGGAGUCCAUUCCUAGAGCAUUCCCUGCCACAAGACCAUGGACCGAUGCAGGAGGACGUGAGGGGGAAGGUGACCCAGGCUGGUCUCCUGCUCCAAGCCCAUCUCCUGUCAGUGAACCCAGAGCUGAUGCGCGACCGGAGACUGCACCUCAAAUCCCUGCGGCAGUGUUGUUCAGGACGGGAGAUGGUCGACACUUUACUACAGAACAACCCCCAGGUGCGCUGCAGGACCCAGGCAGCUGGCGUGUGGCAACUGCUCAUGGAGGAAGGGUUGGUGCAAUCUGUAAAGUCGAGGGAGAGAUUCCAAGACCGGGACAACCACUUCUACCAGUUCACACAGACCCCAGCAAGGACCCAGGAUGCUGCAGGGGAUCGGGAGGAAGAUGAAGAUGAGGAACUGAACGAGGCACUUUCCCUUCUCACACUCCACGGGCAAGAGGCAGUCCUCACUGCUGCUCUCCGCACAUCACCCUCGCAGAGGACAGCGGAAGAUGUGGAAAUGAUUUUUGAGGAGCUGACUCAUGUCAAGGCCGUACUCCAUCUUUCCCAUACAGUGAGGCGUCAGCUGGCGGCCGUGGUUCACUUUGAGAGCUAUCAGACGUCUGGCACUGUGUUGUUCAGCCAGGGGGAGAUCGGGACUUCAUGGUACAUCAUCUGGAAGGGAUCUGUCAAUGUGUACACCCACCACAAGGGUCUGGUGAGUUCCUUGGAGGAAGGUGAUGGAUUUGGAGAGCUGGCCCUUGUCAACAAAGCCCCACGAUCAGCCACCAUCGUCCUCAGGGAGGAUGGCUGCCAGUUGCUCCGGGUCGACAAGGAGGACUUCAACCGGAUCCUGAGGGAUGUGGAGAUGAACACGGUCCACUUGAAGGAGCACGGCUGCGAUGUGCUGGUGCUGGAGAAAGUGUCCCGAGAUCCCAGUGCCCGGAGCUCUCCGGCCUCCCAAACUCACACGUACACAGUGAUGUAUGGGACAGCUGAACGGAUCCUGGAAUAUCUCCUGGACAACAUGGUUCUGGAUUCCGGAUCCUCUGACCUCUCAGAGAGUUUAGUCGAAGAUUUCCUCCUGUCGUACUGCGUGUUCCUGCCGACGCCUCACCUCCAGGACGCACUCCUCAAACACUAUGGGGCAGAGGAGCCGGAAAGGAAGCAGUGUUCCCAGGAACGGAAGCAAAGGGUCUUGCUCCUUGUUGAUCGCUGGCUGGAGAUCCUGGGUCACCACUUGAGGGACCAUCCCUCCACCCUCCGCUUCCUCCAGGAUCUGGAGGUCUUGGUUGCGAGGGACAGGCAUCUGAAUGAUGCGCUGUCAGGCAACAGCAUGGACCAGACAGUAACAAAACGGUCAUCGGAGAUGAUUCUGAACACUCUACAGAUGAAGUUGAGGGACAGCUUAAACUGGUUGAAGAACCUCCGAAACUCAACAGAUACCCAGUGUUUGAGAGCAGAUACCAAAAUCCUGCAUCACGUGUACCGUCCCGACCACUCACAGAUUCGCCUGCUCCUGCCAGUGGCGUCAUCUGUAAGAGACCUCCUCUCCAUCCUGGCAGAACAGGAGGAGGAAGGCAGCUCAGCAGGGGAAUAUGUCCUUGUCAAGCUCAGGUCCACUGGGGAUCAGACGGAGAUGAGUGCGGAUGAAAGAUCUGUCUACACCUCACUGCAGGUGAACGAUCGCCUAUACUACGGCAGCCGGGAACAGCUAAAGGCACUGGUACCUGCCAAAGAACAACAGAUCCCAGCGUGUGACACCUCUUCCCCAUUGGACUCCCUGGGGUCCCGGGAGCUGGCCAUGCAGCUGACUGAGGUCGACUGGGAUCUCUUCCUCUGCAUCCACGAGGUGGAGCUCAUUGUUUAUGGCCUUGGCUUAAAGCCAGAGCCUGGGACCACAGUUUCCAACCUACAGAGAUACCUUGGGAGGUUCAACCAGAUCCAGUUCUGGACGGUCAGUGAGCUGUGCCUCUGCUGUGACGUCGGGAGGAGAGCAGCCCUCCUGAAGAAGCUCAUCAAGGUGGCAGCGAGUUGCAAGGAACUGAAGAACAUGAACACUUUCUUUGCUAUGAUGUUUGGCCUUUCCAACCCAGCUGUAAGGAGACUUUCUCAGACCUGGGAGAGGCUCCCGGGGAAGGUCAGGCGAAUGUUCUACGAGAUGGAGAGGUUGCUGGACCCAUCACGGAACCACAGAGUGUACAGACUGACUGUGAACAAGCUGACGCCACCCUACCUACCGUUUAUGCCUCUCCUCAUCAAAGCUUUUGUUGACGGGCUUUUGGGCAGAUCGGCGCGAGGGGGUCGAGAGAGAGGACGCAAUGCUCUAAGCUGGGCGAGGAUCGGACCCCAAAGUGGGGUCCGAGGCCGGGAGAUUCUCCGAGGUGGAGGGGGGGAUGAAGCUAGAUGUGCUUGGUUGACCACUCGGAGGGUCCUGAGCUGUUUGAAGAGUCCGAGGAGUUCGGAGGGUCCUGAGCUGCGAGUCGAGGAGUUCGGAGGGGAUUGAAUGGUGGCCAGAAGACUUCAGAAAUUGAGCUCCAACGGCUGUGCACGAAGUGGUUUGGACUUUGAUAAGUUUGGCGCCUUUUCUUUAAUUUUCUCUUCAUAUAUACUGUAUCGUUAUUAAUCACUUAGUUAUAGUAACCUUUAUAAAUUGUACUCAUUUAAUCGCAUAUGGUGUACUGUCUGUUUUUGGGUGAGGCGGGGACAUCACACAGCAUCCAUACCAGCUGAUUACCCAGUUUGGCGGGGCUGAAGGCUGCUCCCCCUAGACAAGAACGAGCUGAGCGAGCCUGAGGCGACCCAGGGGGUUACAAGACCAUCGAAGCUUUUCCCAGCGUUGGAACUUCUAGCACCGUGUCAAGUGCUGGGUGCUUUCCUACUGCCCCAGCAACAGAGAUUUCUCUUCCACCCCACGGUUUAAGUACCACAGGCUGGUUUGGACUGUCUGCAAUUUGUUCCAGCUCCACGGUACCCCACAAUCCUGCAGGUAGCCAGACCGAUAGGAUCUACUGAUGCCAUUGGAACAGGCGAACUGCAGGAAGCUCCAAACUUGUUCAUCUGGGAACACUACUCGCUGCAGUAACGUUAUCAGCAGACAUUGCUGCCUAUAUUUUAGCAGCAUCAAUUCUGUUUGGUUUUCAUUUUGGACGGCCAUGCUGGGUCAGCCUCCUGGGAUUCACAGACCUCUGUGCCCUCGGACAACUCCCUGUUUCAGACGAAUGCAGGCUGCAGUAUAUUUUGCAUCCUGCAAUAACACUGUGUUCAGAGGCCAUGCAGGACUGUACUCUGGCCUCUGAGAAAGAGUUUGGGAAGGCGAUGUACUAGUACUGACCAGUUGGCACACUGGGCCCUCAGUAUGGGGAAUCAUGGUUAAAGACACCUUUUUGGAGAUUGAGUGGUGGGGCACUUUCCCAAAGCCCAGCUCAAGGAUUCCACCUCUGGCAACACUGCCCCUGUUGCCCCUGCUCCUGUCCCUGCCCAUGAGGUUCAGGUGGGAAACUGAGGCUGCAUAUAGUGUGGGUGCAGUGAAGAAUGGGAGGAGACUCCAUGGGAUAGCAAGGUGGGAAAAGACCAAACACCUUUGGAAGAGUGCAGGGCUGAUGCCCGCCCAUGUGCCUCCUUAGGAAAGGGUGGUGAAGUGUCAGGAUCCGGCUCUGAGUGCACCUCUAGAACCAGAGAUGUCAGGGUCCUCCUUGGGCUUGGCUUUUGAGGUGAGGGAUAUACUCACCAUGCCGAUCCUAUCCACUCUUGGUACUCAAGGUAUUCGGGGGGGGAGGUGGUGAUCUAUCUGUGUUUGCCCAUGGGGAUAGGACAGAGGCAGUGGUAGAGUUGGCAGGUAUGAAUGAGGUACCCCCUGCACAGCGUGCGGUAGGACUGCUGCCUGCUAGGACACACGGGGAGGAAGAUGGGGGUCUACGUGUAGUGAAGGGGUAGAGGAGGACUUUUUAUCUGAUCGUGAGACAAUAGGUAUCGUCACCCCUCCUGAGAAGUCCCUACUGAUACAUGUUGAUGAGAUCAAGGAAUUUAUGCUCACCUCUGAGGUGAGCCUCCCUAACUGAGGUUGUCCCAUCACACAGCACUGGGGUCAGGCACAGAGUGAAGCUCCCAAUGGAGGUGUCAGAGGUGGUGCAUUUUAUUUAGAGCAUCUCCCCUCAGCUGCGCUCAGUGAGAGGGCCUAUGUCUGUAUUUGAAGCCCGUGGGAUCACACCGUGUGAAGGGAACAUCUCCUGUAAAACAGAGGCAGUGACUGAGGGAGUAGCUGUCUGGACAUUUGGGAACCUGGGCGGAAUGAAGGUAGGCACAGCUCAAAUACCAUCUUUAAUUUACUGAUGACACUAGAAUCUCAGAGUGCAAGUUCCUGGGUCAACUUCUCUGAAGAUCUCUUCUGGGCCCAACAUAUUGUUGCAAUUACAAGAAGGCCUAACAGCUGCUAUAUUUUAUUAGGAGUUUGAGGAGAUUUGGUUUGUCACCAAAGACUCCAGCAAAUUUCUACAGAUGUACUGUGGAGAGCAUUCUAACUGGUUGCAUCACCGUCUGGUAUGGAGGGGUUGCUGUACAGGAUCGGAAUAGGCUGCAGAGGGUUGCAAACUCAAGACAGUUCCAUCAUUGGCACUAGCCUCACCACCAUCGAGGACACCAUAAUGACUCAAGAAGGCGACAUCCAGCACUAAGGACAAUCCCUCUUCUUAUUGCUACUGUCAGGGAGGAGCACUGGAGCUUGAAGACACACACUUAACAUUUUAGGAACAGCUUCUUCCCCUCCGCCAUCAGAUUUCAGAAUAGUCCUCUUUCGCAUUAUUUAUUUAUUUUUAAUUGUAACAAGUAAUUUUUAUGUCUUCACACUGCACUGCUGUUAUAAAACAACAAAUUUCACAACAUAUGUCAGUGAUAAUAAACCUGAUUCUGAUUCUGUUCUUG